AGCUGAUGUUUGCUACGAAUAUAUAAACACAGCUAGCUAGCCAAAUCACCACGCAUUACUCACUUAUAAGGAUAAUUGAUCGGCACAUCAACAAAUAAGUAAAGUAUGGAUUCCGUCAACGCUUUCAACUUGGAGUUAUUCGCUAUGAUUGACAUGAAGCCUCCAAUAUCACGAGCAAAGAUGAUGUCAGUCACUAAAUCAGCAAUAAAGGCUAUCAAGCUAUACAAGCAUGUCGUCCAGAUUGUGGAGAAGUUCAUCAAGAAGUGCAAGCCAGAGCUGAAGGUUCCUGGCCUAUACGUGGUGGAUUCUAUAGUCCGACAGUCACGACACCAGUUUGGAGUGGACAAGGACGUCUAUGGACCAAGGUUCCAAAAGAACUUCGCCCCGACAUUCCAGAACCUCUACCUCUGUCCACACGAUGACACGAGUAAGAUAAUCCGUGUUCUCAACCUGUGGCAGAAGAACGCUGUGUUUGAGAUGGAUGUCGUCCAGCCCCUGUUGGACAUGGCUACUGGCUCUUUGGUCCUUGUUCCCUCCCCCAGGAGGACCUCCAGGCCCAGCCCCCAGUCUCCAGUGCCUCUAUUGCAGGCCCAGCACCAGGCCCAGCCCACAGUCUCCAUAGCAGCAGCCCAGCCCCCAGUCUCUAGUGCCUUCGUUGCAGCAGCCCAGGCCCAGCCCUCAGUCUCCAGUGCCUCUAUUGCUGCAGCCCAGCUCCCUGUCUCCAUAGCAGCAGCCCAGCACCAGCCCCCUGUCUCUAUAGCAGCAGCAGCCCAGCACCUGGCCCAGCCCCCUGUCUCCAUAGCAGCAGCCCUGCCCCACCUCCCACCACAGCUUCGGAACCCUGAGGCUCUGGCGGCUGUGGCCCAGCUCUUCCAGUCUGGACAGGGACACGAGCUUCAGAAGAUGCUUCUGAGGCUCCAGUCAGGGCAGCAGACCACCACUCUGGUUCCCAACACCAUGGCGGACGAGACUCAAACUACGGCUCCCAGCACCGUGUCUGACCAGACCCACUCGCAGAGGGUCCAAGGCCAGCAUAACACACACCAUCCACUGUUCAACACGCACCACACACAUCCUGCAGAGCAGAAUAACUCGCUAGCUAAGAAACUCCUGGACCGGUUUGAUUACGACGACGAACCGGAAGAAGUGAAGAAAGAGGAAUUGGAUUCCCUUGUUCCGGGAAACGUUUAUGGUGGCCAGUUUCCUGGUCAGACGCCGCCCAACAUGGAGCUGCAAUUUCAGGGUCAUAUGAUGGGCCAGCCUGGGAGGCAGCAGACACCUGGUGAAGGAUACCCUGGUCUGAACAAGGGCUACAACCAGAGCCAGCACACUGACCAGCAGAACCCGGACCAGGGAAACCCCAGAGAGAGAGAAGAUCCGUCUGGGAGGAGGGAUGGGAGGGAGGGGAGGCAGCGCGGCCACAGCAGGAGGUCACGCUCCAGGUCUGGCUCUCGAUCUCCCAGGAGAAAGAGAGCCAGGUCCAACUCUCGCUCCCGGAAGCCCCGACACUCCUCCCAGCGCUCCGGGUCCCGCUCCAGGGAGAGUCGCUGGAACUCCCCUCGUUCCCGCUCGCAGGAGAGGAAGGAGAGAGAGAAGGACAAAGACCGUAGACAGAAAGGUCUGCCCAGCAUCAAGAGCCAGACACUCAGUGUUUGCACCACGACUCUGUGGGUGGGCCAGCUGGACAAGAAGACUUCUCGGCAGGACGUCAUGUGUUUACUAGAGGAGUUUGGGCAGAUUGACUCCAUUAAUAUGAUCCCUCCUCGGGGAUGUGCCUACAUAGUGAUGGUCCACAGGCAGGAUGCCUACAGAGCUCUACACAAACUCGGCAGAGGAUCCUUCAAGGUCAACCAGAAGACCAUCAAGAUUGCGUGGGCCUUGAACAAGGGUAUAAAGGCGACCCAUAAGAAGUUCUGGGAUGUGGAGCGAGGCGUCACCUACAUCCCCUGGAGCAAGGUGAAGAUAGAGGAGCUGGAGGGCUACAGGGAGGGAGGCAUGCUGGACGCAGACACACUCUGUCCAGAAUGGGGAGAUGACGUGAAGGAGCUGACUAAACCAGCAGGACUGAACAACGGAGGAGGAGCGGAUGCCAUGGAAACCGACGGAGCUGCCACCGCCCACGUACAGGUAACACCCGCUGCAGGGGAGACGAUGACACACUACAGACAGCAGGGUCCCAAAGAAACACACCAGGGUCCCAAAGAAACACACCAGGGUCCCAAAGAAACACACCAGGGUCCCAAAGAAACACACCAGGGUCCCAAAGAAACACACCAGGGUCCCAAUGAAACACACCAGGGUCCCAAUGAAACACACCAGGGUCCCAAUGAAACACACCACAGACAGCAGGGACCCAAUGAAACACACCAGGGUCCCAAUGAAACACACCAGGGUCCCAAUGAAACACACCAGGGUCCCAAUGAAACACACCACAGACAGCAGGGACCCAAUGAAACACACCAGGGUCCCAAUGAAACACACCAGGGUCCCAAUGAAACACACCACAGACAGCAGGGACCCAAUGAAACACACCACAGACAGCAGGGUCCCAAUGAAACACACCACAGACAGCAGGGUCCAAAUGAAACACACCACAGACAGCAGGGUCCAAAUGAAACACACCACAGACAGCAGGGUCCAAAUGAAACACACCACAGACAGCAGGGUCCCAAUGAAACACACCACAGACAGCAGGGUCCCAAUGAAACACACCACAGACAGCAGGGACCCAAUGAAACACACCACAGACAGCAGGGUCCCAAUGAAACACACCACAGAAAGCAGGGUCCCAAUGAAACACACCACAGACAGCAGGGUCCCAAUGAAACGCACCACAGAAAGCAGGGUCCCAAUGAAACGCACCACAGACAGCAGGGACCCAAUGAAACACACCACAGACAGCAGGGACCCAAUGAAACACACCAGGGUCCCAAAGAAACACACCAGGGUCCCAAAGAAACACACCAGGGUCCCAAAGAAACACACCAGGGUCCCAAAGAAACACACCAGGGUCCCAAAGAAACACACCAGGGUCCCAAAGAAACACACCAGGGUCCCAAUGAAACACACCAGGGUCCCAAUGAAACACACCAGGGUCCCAAUGAAACACACCAGGGUCCCAAUGAAACACACCAGGGUCCCAAUGAAACACACCAGGGUCCCAAUGAAACACACCAGGGUCCCAAUGAAACACACCACAGACAGCAGGGACCCAAUGAAACACACCACAGACAGCAGGGUCCCAAUGAAACACACCACAGACAGCAGGGUCCCAAUGAAACACACCACAGACAGCAGGGUCCCAAUGAAACGCACCACAGACAGCAGGGUCCCAAUGAAACGCACCACAGAAAGCAGGGUCCCAAUGAAACGCACCACAGACAGCAGGGUCCCAAUGAAACGCACCACAGACAGCAGGGUCCCAAUGAAACGCACCACAGACAGCAGGGUCCCAAUGAAACGCACCACAGACAGCAGGGUCCCAAUGAAACGCACCACAGACAGCAGGGUCCCAAUGAAACGCACCACAGACAGCAGGGUCCCAAUGAAACGCACCACAGACAGCAGGGUCCCAAUGAAACGCACCACAGACAGCAGGGUCCCAAUGAAACACACCACAGAAAGCAGGGUCCCAAUGAAACGCACCACAGACAGCAGGGUCCCAAUGAAACGCACCACAGACAGCAGGGUCCCAAUGAAACGCACCACAGACAGCAGGGACCCAAUGAAACGCACCACAGAAAGCAGGGUCCCAAUGAAACACACCACAGACAGCAGGGUCCCAAUGAAACACACCACAGAAAGCAGGGUCCCAAUGAAACACACCACAGACAGCAGGGACCCAAUGAAACACACCACAGACAGCAGGGACCCAAUGAAACACACCGUUCUGUGUGUUCUACCUCACCAUCUCAUAGGACGCAGACUUUUAUCCAGAGGUUUUGUGCCUUGGUUGUCUGUUUUUAUUGUUUUGUUGUUUUUAGCUGUUAUUAAAAAUGGCAGGUUUUAUAAGUAUUCAUAUGCAAACACUUUUCCUCAAAAUGCAACAAAGUAUCUUUGUGAAUAAGUGGACCAAUAAAAAUAAAAUGAUUUCGUAGUAUCAUGGGUAACUAGUAUUUGAAAGGUAUUCACUCACCUCAGUACAUCGCCUAUAUAAAAACUAAGGUCCCAUAUUGAAAGGCUGUUGUAUAGCUUUCCUCCAGUAGUACGUCUGAAUGCAAAAGGAUCCAGUUACUGCCUAUCUAUACAUGAUGCCUUUUACAGGGGUUUCACAGUUUCUCACCAAUAAAUGGAAGGCAACUUCGUUCUUUA